GUGAAUGGGAGAGUGAGCAGGGGCGGGCGCGACGGCGUGAGCCGCAUGAAUGAGAGAAACGUGCCCAGCGCGAGACGUCGCGCGCGCCCGGGCCAGGGAGCCAAUGGGAACGCUGGGAGGGCUCGAGACCCGGCACUGAGCGCAACGGCCGCGCGCCGGCUCGCUGACGAGCGUCGCCAGGCGGGAGCGCGCGGGAGCGGGGCGGGCGUGGAGCGUGCGGGGGCCGCGCGCUGCCUCUCAGAGGCCGGACGGCACUGCCGGGAGGCGGCGGUGACAACGACGGCGGCGGUGACGGGCGCCGCUCCGGGGGUGAGGCACUGUAACCCCGUUGAACUCUGUGUCCGGAAAGCCCAGGAUUGAAGAAGACAGACCAGACACAUUGACCUGGAAGCAGGGACAUCUGUGGAACUUCGCUUUCAUCCUGAGUUCUUUUUUAAAGUAUCACGUGGAAUUGAUUUGUUCAUCUUAUUCUGCUUAUUGGGAAGAAAUGGCUUCAAGGAUUUUAAGUUUUCCUUCAGUUUUGCAUGAACUCUGUAGGAAACGGAGCCCUUGAAGGGCUUGGGAUUAACAAGAGAUUGAAGACAGACAAGCUUGCUCUCUCGCUGUUUUCUCUCUUCUUCAAAGAAAAGUAUUUACAACUCAACUCGUAACAGCUGUAGUCCAGCAUUAGCCAUCAAGAGAGAAAUAAAUAAAAUUAACCCACCAUUGCCACAGACUACAAACCCUGGUGAAGUCAAGGUGUGGGAGUGGUGGCAUUGAGAAGACUGCUUAAAACGGACAAGGACUACAGUUAAAACAGCUUCUCUUUCAAGCUGGAAGGGGCCACAGGUUCCUUCUUGGAUAAAAACACACAGUGCACACCUCUUUUAGGUGCUGCUCACAUUUUGUGGAAGUGUAGUACUCGUGGAGGUACUAUAGUAUCUCCUCAGGAAUUUUUCUUUGCUCAGAAUUUUCUGCCCUGCCUUGAUAUUUUUCCCUUUCUUUUUAAGAUCUGCCUCCAUCCAUGAGCUGUACCUUGAUCUGUCUGACUGUCCGUGUUCUCUACCUGCAGCCAUUUGCAUGUGUACAACCUACUGUUUGUGUCCAAUUUUUAAGCUGUACAAGUUGUGUUUCUUAAUCUCUUCUGCUUUGUUCUGGGGAAGUGGUUAUUCAUCAUUUGGAAUCACCUUUCCCCCUCCCAUAUGCUUUCCUUCAUUUGAGAUCUUUUGACCUUCAGUUUUGUUUGGGAGGGGGAAGGGUGAUAAUUCUAAAUUUUUGGUUUCCCUGUUUUUCUUCUGUACUCUUCUCUGUUGGUUCCCUUAUCCCAUUUUCUUGUCCGUUCUGCCGCUGUGUGGGCCUGGGCUAUGCGGCAGGGCAGAUCUCCCUUCAGAGCUCCAACAUGCCCGCAGAGUCUGGAAAGAGAUUCAAACCCAGCAAAUAUGUCCCGGUCUCGGCAGCCGCUGUCUUCUUAGUGGGAGCUACAACACUCUUCUUUGCUUUUACGUGUCCAGGACUAAGUCUGAAUGUGUCACCUGCAGUGCCCAUCUACAAUGCAAUUAUGUUUCUCUUUGUUCUGGCCAAUUUCAGCAUGGCCACCUUCAUGGACCCAGGCAUUUUCCCUCGAGCUGAGGAAGAUGAGGACAAGGAAGAUGAUUUUCGAGCUCCCCUUUACAAAACAGUGGAGAUCAAGGGCAUCCAGGUGCGCAUGAAGUGGUGUGCCACCUGCCGCUUCUACCGUCCUCCUCGGUGUUCCCACUGCAGUGUCUGUGAUAAUUGUGUGGAGGAAUUUGAUCAUCACUGCCCCUGGGUGAACAACUGUAUUGGUCGCCGGAACUACCGUUAUUUCUUCCUCUUCCUCCUUUCCUUGACAGCCCACAUUAUGGGUGUAUUUGGCUUUGGCCUCCUUUAUGUCCUCUACCACAUAGAGAAACUCUCAGGGGUCUGCACGGCUGUCACAAUGGCAGUGAUGUGUGUGGCUGGCUUAUUCUUCAUCCCUGUAGCUGGCCUCACAGGAUUUCAUGUGGUGCUGGUGGCUAGGGGACGCACAACCAAUGAGCAGGUUACGGGUAAAUUCCGGGGAGGUGUGAACCCUUUCACCAAUGGUUGCUGUAACAAUGUCAGCCGUGUACUUUGCAGUUCCCCAGCACCCAGAUAUUUGGGAAGACCAAAGAAAGAGAAGACAAUUGUAAUCAGACCUCCCUUCCUUCGGCCAGAAGUGUCAGAUGGUCAGAUUACUGUGAAGAUCAUGGAUAAUGGCAUCCAGGGAGAGCUGAGGAGAACUAAGUCUAAGGGAAGCUUGGAGAUAACAGAAAGCCAGUCUGCCGAUGCCGAACCCCCGCCUCCUCCUAAGCCAGACCUGAGCCGUUACACGGGACUGCGAACACACCUUAGCCUGGCUACUAAUGAAGAUAGCAGCCUUUUGGGCAAGGACAGCCCCCCCACACCAACCAUGUACAAGUAUCGGCCAGGUUAUAGUAGCAGCAGUACGUCAGCCGCCAUGCCUCAUUCCUCCAGCGCCAAGUUGAGUCGUGGGGACAGCUUGAAGGAGCCAACUUCAAUUGCAGAGAGCAGCCGUCAUCCCAGUUACCGCUCAGAGCCCAGCUUGGAACCAGAGAGCUUCCGUUCUCCCACCUUCGGCAAAAGCUUUCACUUCGAUCCACUUUCCAGUGGCUCACGUUCCUCCAGCCUCAAGUCGGCCCAGGGAACAGGCUUUGAGCUGGGCCAGUUGCAGUCCAUUCGUUCAGAGGGUACCACUUCCACCUCCUAUAAGAGCCUGGCCAACCAGACACGCAACGGAAGCCUGUCUUAUGACAGCCUGCUCACUCCUUCAGACAGCCCUGAUUUUGAAUCAGUACAGGCAGGGCCUGAGCCAGACCCGCCUUUAGGCUACACCUCUCCCUUCCUGUCAGCCCGCCUGGCCCAGCAACGGGAAGCCGAGAGGCAUCCACGUUUGGUGCCAACAGGUCCACCACACCGAGAGCCCUCACCAGUCCGUUAUGACAAUCUGUCGCGCCACAUUGUGGCCUCCCUCCAGGAACGAGAGAAGCUGCUGCGCCAGUCACCCCCGCUCCCAGUCCGUGAGGAAGAACCGGGCUUGGGAGACUCAGGCAUUCAGUCAACACCUGGCUCAGGCCAUGCCCCUCGUACGAGUUCCUCCUCAGAUGAUUCAAAGAGAUCACCCUUGGGCAAGACUCCACUUGGACGCCCAGCUGUCCCCCGUUUUGGCAAGCCAGAAGGGCUAAGGGGCCGGGGACUAGGGUCCCCUGAACCAGGUCCAACUGCCCCGUAUCUGGGCCGUUCAACGUCUUACAGCAGCCAAAAAGCGCCACCUGGUGUCUCUGAGACAGAGGAAGUGGCCUUGCAGCCAUUACUGACGCCCAAAGAUGAAGUACAGCUCAAGACCGCCUACAGCAAAUCCAAUGGGCAACCCAAGAGCAUAGGCUCAGCCUCCCCUGGCCCGGGCCAGCCAUCUCUCAGUAGCCCCACAAGGGGAGGAGUCAAGAAGGUGUCAGGAGUGGGUGGUACCACCUAUGAGAUUUCGGUGUGAGCCUUCAGCGCCUCCCCUUCCCACACCUCUGCGCCUACACCAAAGGGCCCCAGGUGGCCACCUUCCUUCCCUCAAGGGGCUCCCCUCCCCUGCACGGACAUUUUUUAAAACACUGAUUCCAAGAGGAUGAGGAGCGUUUUAUAAAAUGCAAAAGGGUUUGGGAGUCGGAGAGUUGGGGCCCUGAGACUGGGGUAGCAACCCCCCCUUUUACCUUUUAAGACCUUCCUUUCCCCAAUCCCUGGACCAGACUCAGUGGACAUUUGUGCAAUUGCUCGCCCUGGAGGGAACCAGAUCAUUUUUAAACCAGAAAUAAUUUUUUUUAUUAUUGUUACGGAUUCUAUUUUUUUCCUCUUCUGCGUUACCAGGUGUGUGUGUACAUAUAUAUAUAUAUAUAUUAUAAAUAUCAAAGAAAUUAUAUAUCUAUCCUGGGAUGGGAAAAUGAGGGAGGGAUAUGUAUAAGAAGGAGGAUCUUACUGUUCCUGUUCCUCAGACCAGCAGGAAAAGAGGGGAGACACCAGAGUCUUCCUUUUCCCCCAUGACUCCCUCUCUUAUCUGUUACCAACUAAGGAAGUAGUAGUGCCCCAAUGUUGGUGCUAUGUGAUCAGGAAAGAAACCUGGGGAGAGGCGAGUCUGAGUUCUUGGUUAGAAGAGGAAAGGACAUUUGCAAAGUUAGUUUUCUAGGCUUAUUGGCAUUUAGUUUCCCCAGAAAGGGGUCACAGCUCCAUGACAUUGGUGGUGGUGGUAGGGGGGGGAUCAGGGAAAGCAUCUGGCCUCAUUUGAAACACUAUUAGAAAAUCCCCCCCCACUUCUUGGGAGAGAGGGAUUAGGGUGGCUUUCAUAAAUGAGCCCCUCAGAGCUUCCCCUAGCCUACAGUUAAGGUGAUUUUAAAGUCCAAGGACAGGAGAGAAGAAUCCAAAAAGCAAUAUUUUUCAUCACAUGCCAAAAAUGGGAUAGAGAGGAGUGGCAGGCCUAGGUCCCUCCGGUUGUCCCUUGGGGGUUACCCCUCAGCCCAACUUAGUAUGGUGCUGGGAAGAGGGGAUACCUGGGUUCUAAUCUCUAAAUAGGGAAGACCCCAGCCUCUGCACAGAGGCCCUUUUAUUUUUUAUUCUGAUUAGCCAUUUUAAACCGACAAAGAAUAAAAAGAAAUCCUGAUCUAACGGC